ACUAUUUUUUAUUAACAUUUGCCCAUUAACCUGAAUCAUUGUAUAGAUAAUAUAUAGACAAGGUUAACACACUGUUAAUUUGUUGCAUAUAAAAGAUCCAAGCAUUAUGUAGAUUUCAUCCCAUUCUCUCUUUAUCUUCAACUUUCUUACACUAAACUCAAAAACAAUAAUGGCUGGAUUUAAAUUAUUGUUGGUGCUCUUGGCAACCAUUUUAAUGAUGAUGGCUCCAAUUAUUAAUGCUUGUGAAGGACCUGGUGUAAAAUGUCAACCCGAUGGAAGUACAAAUUGUUGUUCUAAAUAUUGCCAUAAAGAAGCAAAUUGGAGUGAAGGGGAAUGCAGAGACAGAUAGUCGACUUAAAUUAUUGAUUACUGUUGUACACAAAAAAAGUUAUAUUCUUGUAUUUGGAUUAUAUAUUUGAUGAAUUUAUUUUAUUGUAAUAAAAAAAGUAUCAUUUAAAUUAAAAUUUUUUUAAAUAUUUGCAUGUUAAGCACAUUUAAAAAACUUAAUCUCUUUAAUAAUCUUUUUAGUUUUUACAAAAGUAUAAAAAAAAAUAUUUUUUCUGGAAUCUUAAUAAGUGAACAAUUUACUUAUAAGAUAAGGGGAGGCACCACCACCAAUUUGGACCUACUUAAAUUUAAAUUAUUAAACGAGUUGAUAUUUUUUUCUUGCAUCAUUUAGUUCCUAAAAACAUAUAAGGUGGUCAAAAAAAGAAAAUUUUAAUUUUUGACCAUUUUAGAAUUUUUAUUUUUUGAAAAAAUUUAUCUUUUUGAAAAUCCAUACGAAAGAUUUACUGUGGGUUCAAAACAGUUUUCUGUAACAUUAAAUUUUUAAAAAUUAAGACUGAUAUUGUUUAUCACAGCAAACUUUUUUGAUGUAACAGCAAAAAAUUUAGCUGUGGUUACUAAUUUUGAUAGAUCCGAUAGCAAACAUCAGUUAGCAUCUGUAAGCAAUUCCUUUUUUUUUUGUUUACAAUUUAUAAAAAAAAAAAAUUUUUGAAUUAUACAAUGUGUCAAAAAUAUUGUUACAAGUUACAGAAAAUUUAAGAAUAAGAGUAGACUGGCGGUUAAGACAUCAAAUUGCACCAAAAAGACCAAAGAAUAUUAUAAAACAAAAGUUUUUAAAAUAAUGUAGAAUUAAAAAAAAACAAAAGUGAAAUACGUAUUUCUAAAAAAUAUAUUUUUUUCACUUAAAAUACUGAAACAUCAUUAUAAACUUUAUUUUAAUAAAGUUUUAAUGAAAUACUUAAAAAUAAUGAUGAAAAAUUAUUCAUUUUCUGCAGACGAAAAGAGAACCUAUAAAUAAAAAGAUGACAAAUUUCAAAUUGUUCUUGUUUCUUUUGGCAAUCGUUGGAUGCUCUAUAGAAAAUUGCAAAGCAUGGAGGACUACCAAUAGUCCUUGUGCACCAGAUGGAACUCCAUGUCAACCUGAUGGAAGUACAAAUUGUUGUACAGGAUUUUGUUAUAAACAAUUAGGAUGGGCAAUAGGAUAUUGUAGAGCACGAACCGUUACCAAUAGUCCUUGUGAACCUGACGGAACUCCAUGCCAACCUGAUGGAAGUACAAAUUGUUGUACAGAUUUUUGUUAUAAACAAGUUGGAUGGUCCAUAGGAUAUUGCAGAGCACGAACUGUUACCAAUAGUCCUUGUGCACCAGACGGCACUCCAUGUCAACCUGAUGGAAGUACAAAUUGUUGUACAACAUUUUGUUACAAACAAUUAGGAUGGUCUAUAGGAUAUUGCAGAGCUCGAACUAUUGGCCCUUGUGCACCAGAUGGAACUCCAUGUCAACCUGAUGGAAGUACAAAUUGUUGUUCAGACUUUUGUUAUAAACAAGUAGCAUGGGAUAUUGGAUAUUGCAGAUACCGCUAAAUAAACAACAGAAUGUUGCUACAAUGUUAAAAUUAUAAACAAGCAUCUUUUUAAUCUGAAUGUAAUUGUUGAAAUUAUAGUAUAGUACAACAUUGAUUUUGAUGUAAUUUGAAAUACAAACUUUUUUAAAUCUGCAAAUAUUAAAACUAUUGUCUAUAAUAAGUAUAACCUAG